UGUGGCUGUCGUCGGGUAUUGUCGUUAUAAGACAACAACAGGGAGGUAAACACGACAGGAGUAGGUGCUAAUAGAAACUAGCACUUUUCUUUCUGCGACCGCAAGCGACUCCUAUGGGAGCAGGAGCAGACCUUGGACAGAAGAAAAAGAGACACAAGGCGGAAGGGAAAUCUCACUUACCACCGACCGACCCGCGACAACAACCGGAGUUUCAAUUUUCGAAUGGAAGUCAUCGCCCGGAAGUUGUAGCAUUGGGAUUUGCUGUAGAGUAGACAAACGAGCUUUGAGCGUUUUUUAUCUUCACCAUCACUUGGCUAUCAUCAUCUAGUAAAAGUGCAUUUCAAAGUGAAACGUUUGAACUUUGAAGAUUUCAAUCAUGUGAAAACCAAACCAUUAGCAGCCAUUUGCAGAAAUAAGGACAUCGUAGAUUCACUUUCAAAUAAAAAGGACAUGCGAAAUGCCGUCCUUGCAGACAUAACGUCUUGAAUUAUGGAAAAGAAGGAGGCAGAAGAGGUCCCUUGUUGUUCUGGUACUAACAGUAGGGCUAGUUUGAGUCUUCCUGCGAGCAGAGGACUGUACGGACUUGGUCUCGGUUGCAUCCCUUGCCCAACAGCACCUCGAAGACUGCCAUCUCUCCGAAAUAGGGAUCUGACACUUGGAGGUGCCCUGAAGAAAACAAAGAAAACCUUUGAGCCAAACGUCAAUGCUGUGAGGAAAAGCAAAGAUGAAUUAAAGGAAGAGAUUCAAGUGGAGCCAAAAAGAAAGAGGGAUGCUAAAAGAAGAGAGACCAGAGGCAGGAGGAAAGAGAAGCCACAGACCAUCCAGUCUCACUCCAUCUUUGAACAGGGUCCUGCUGACACACCGCGCAAAACAGGGUUCUGGGGUGCUGCUGCACAAGUGUGUGACACCACCAAAUCUCCUAUCAAACCUAUCAAAGAGGAGCCGCAAGACUAUGAUGAUGAUGAAGAUGAACUACUCAGAAUACUACAAAGAGAUGAUUUCAUAUGCGAUCCAACGUUGAAGAAUGACGCCAAGCUGAAACCGAUCCAGUUACCUUUGUGUCAGACGAGCACAUCGAGCCAAGAGAAACGUCUUCUGGAAUCGCCAUCCAGCGGACUUAAAACAGAAUAUAAAGGAGAGCAGCCAUCUUUGGUGGAGAUACUGCACGGUCUCUGCCUGUCUGGAGAGGAGGAGCUCUUCUUCAUGCAGUUACCUGACUGUAUGCCCGUGAGAGCACAAAAAAGUGAACCGACAUUUCAGAAAGCCAAGGAGAAGAAGCCGCUGCAUGAGAAAGCACAAGAGUCUCCUUCGGUGAAGAGCUCACCUGGGCUGGCAGAAUUCCCCGAGGGAUUUCUGGGGAAACUCCAAAUACGGAAGUCCGGAAAGGUGGAGAUGAAGCUGGGCGAUAUUGUCAUGGACAUCACUAAUGGAUCUGCUUUGUCAUUCCUUCAGCAACUGGUGUCUGUGAAUGUGUCCGGCAGUAAGACAGGAGACAUGACGGUGUUAGGAAACAUCAACCAUAAAUUGGUCGUAUCUCCAAAUUUCCAAACUUUAUUGGAACAAUGACCACAACAGCAACAAGGAUCCUGAUCAUCUCACCAGCAGAUGAUGAUGAUAGCAUGAGGGUUUUAUUGAUGUAGUUUUGCAUUGCUCUAUUAGGCAGCUAAUAAGCCCGGAGUGCUAACUUCAAUAAACGAUCGUCAGUUAUAUCCUGUUUCCAAUAUUUAAUAUUUACAUGUUAUAAAUGUUUAAAAAAACAUGUUUAAAAAAAAUCUUUCAUAUGUUCAAAAGUGUCUAAAAAUGGUUCAAAUGUAUUUUUCUUAUUAUUCCAAUUUGUAUCCUUUUAAUAAUCGAAUGACUACAAAUACAAAUUUGGAAGUUGUUUAGCUGUGAGCUAGUAUUAUUCCACUGCUUUUUACUGAUAAGGUCUUUGCCAUGGUAUCGUUUUCAAUACCAGUUUGGAAGUUACGGAGGUAAAGCGACGAGGUCAAAAUGUUUGUAUAGUGAAUGCUCCUUUUUUUUUGUAAAUGUUUUUGUCACAUAUUGAAAUGUUUUGUAUAUAUUCUGCUCAUGUUGAACAGUUGAAGUUGUGCACUUCAUAAAUAUUGUUUGUAGAUUUCCUGCCAGA